AUGGGCAACCAAACAUCUAAGGACGCUGGCGCCGGACCUUCCAAGUCAACUGGCAACGGAGACCGUAGCGGCCCCGAGGGCUUGCAGUCGUACCCGUCCUUCAGCAGGUCCGACACCAAGGAUUCGUCCCGGUCGUUCCGGUCCCUCCGGUCCAAGAUACCAGGGUCGGGAAAGACGGAUAGCCCCAGGAGCUCCACCAUACUUUCGAGCGGGGACGGGACCGAAAAGUCGGAUGCGGCCUCGGUAAGAUCUGGGAAAAGCGGAAAGGCAGCCUCGACCCGAGCUGCCCGCGCCGAUUCUGUUCCAACCCCAGGCUCGCCUUCGUCGGUCGACACUGCCACAUCUCCCAUGGCUGAUGACCAACCGCCCCCGUCGCCGAUUCAGUCGGCUUCCAUACGGACAGGGAUUCAUGAUGUCUCCGCUGCCCAGGCAAGCGGGGAAGUUGACCAAGUCUCGGACCAACCGCCGUCAGGAGGUGGGAACCCUGGCGUGUCAACCCAGCAACCCGGGCAGUCGAUUCUCGUAAAACGCGAGAACACCAUCAACCCCGUCUCGGAUAUGGCUUCACAAGACUCUGGCAAGGAAGAUGGAGUUGCCGGGGUUGCAAUGGGCGAUAUCAACGAUAUCGACCUCGAUGAUUUUAUCAAGCGCCUUUUGGAUGCCGCGUAUGCUGGUAAGGUUACGAAGAGUGUCUGCCUCAAGAACGCUGAGAUAGUGGCCAUCUGCACGCGAGCAAGGGAGUGCUUUUUGUCACAGCCGGCUCUCCUUGAGCUUGACGCUCCUGUCAAGAUUGUGGGAGAUGUCCAUGGCCAAUACACCGACCUGAUCCGAAUGUUUGAGAUGUGCGGGUUUCCACCGAGCGCCAACUUCUUGUUCCUUGGCGAUUACGUCGAUCGUGGAAAGCAGUCGCUUGAAACCAUACUGCUCUUGCUCUGCUACAAGCUCAAGUACCCGGAGAACUUUUUCCUGCUCCGUGGAAACCACGAGUGCGCCAACGUUACGCGCGUCUACGGCUUCUACGAUGAAUGCAAGCGGAGGUGCAAUGUCAAGAUCUGGAAGACGUUCAUCGACACAUUCAACACACUUCCAAUUGCCUCCAUCGUCGCCGGGAAGAUCUUCUGCGUCCACGGCGGCCUCUCGCCCGCUCUUGGCCAUAUGGACGAUAUUCGGAACAUCGCCCGUCCCACCGAUGUCCCCGAUUAUGGCUUGCUCAAUGACCUUCUUUGGUCUGAUCCUGCCGACAUGGAGCAGGACUGGGAGGCGAAUGAACGGGGCGUUAGUUAUUGUUUUGGCAAAAAGGUCAUCACGGAUUUCCUUGCCACGCACGACUUUGAUCUCGUUUGCCGAGCCCAUAUGGUGGUGGAGGAUGGCUACGAGUUCUUCAAUGACCGAGUCCUGGUCACCGUGUUUAGUGCGCCUAAUUACUGCGGAGAGUUUGACAAUUGGGGAGCCGUCAUGUCGGUAUCUUCCGAGCUCUUGUGCAGUUUCGAGUUGCUCAAGCCGCUUGAUUCGAACGCUCUCAAGAGUCACAUCAAGAAGGGGAGGAAUAAGAGGAACCAUAUGCUCAACAGUCCGCCUGCGAGUGUUUAUCCACAAAGCGUCUGA